CAACUGCACAACAGGCAGGAAGCCAUGUCGGUGACCCUUAGUCGCUACAGAGUACUUCUACCUCGCAAUGGAAGGAUUCUUCCCGGCUGCCCUCUAAGGCCGAGCACGACCACUCGCAUACAUACGGCGUCAUCCGUCCCCUCGUUGAGAGGCUCCCUGUUAGACUUUGGCCGUCGAAGAGGGGGUGCAAGCGUUAGAAGUCUCGCCACCGUAUACCUCGGCCUCGGCAGCAACGUCGGCGACAGACACGCCAACCUGCUACGGGCCUUCAAGGGGCUCCGCGAGUUUGGGGAAGUAGACGCUACCUCGCUUCUGUACGAGACGCCUCCAAUGUACGUGGAAGACCAGCCGUGGUUCCUCAACGCUGCGUGUCGCUUGAGCACCGACCUUGGCCCGGCCGUGUUGCUUGAGCGUCUCAAGGUUCUCGAGGCUGCUGUAGGACGGAAGGAUACCGCGAGAUGGGGGCCUCGAGCGGUGGACGUGGACAUCCUCUUGUACGACGACCUUGUGUUGGACGGUGGCGAUGGUGGUAAUGGUGAUGAUGGUGGCGACACCGGGCGGCCACAGCAGCACCAGGAGCGGCAGCAAUCGAAGCGGUGGCUGCGAAUUCCACAUCCUCGGAUGCACGAACGACCGUUCGUGCUGCUCCCUUUGGCAGACAUCCAGCCAGAUCUGGCACACCCAGUUCUGCGCUCGACUGUCAAGGAACUUCUCUCAGGCCUAGGUUUAUCCGCAGGCGUAGGAAACAGAACCUUGUCGGCGGCAGCGGCGGGCGCAAAGGGGGUCGAGGGCCAAGCGGGGGAAUCAGCAGGAGCCGGUGGGGCGGAGAGGGUGCUGCCGAUGGGCGUUUGCAGCAACGGACACACGAGGCUGUGGCCUAUGGAAGGGAGGCGAAGUCGGACUUACGUCAUGGGCAUCCUUAACGCGACUCCGGACAGCUUCAGCGACGGCGGGCAGCACUACAGACGGGGGGGGGGCGUGGCCACAGCCGUGGAGCAUGGUUUGAAGAUGGCGCGAGACGGGGCUGACGUGCUUGACAUCGGCGGGGAGUCCACAAGGCCGGGGGCAGCCGAGGUUUCCCCCGAGGAAGAGAUUUCUCGAGUCGUGCCCGUCAUUGAGGGCAUACGAGACGCUGCAACCGCUGGCGGCGAGGCAGCAGCCGGGGAGGGUGACGAUGCAGACACCAUCGGGCCCGUCACGAUCACCGUAGACACGCGUCGAGCUGCGGUGGCGGAAGCGGCGGUGGCGGCAGGGGCAGACGCUGUCAACGAUGUGUCCGGGGGCACGUUCGACCCUCAGAUGUUGGCGACGGUGGCUCGCACCGGAGUGCCUCUGAUGAUGAUGCACAUGCGCGGAACCCCUCAAACGAUGACAUCGCUGACGGACUACGGCGGUAACGUCGUGGGUGAGGUUUCUCAAUCGUUGGAGGCGUGUAGCAGGGCCGCUGAUAUUGCGGGGGUCCCGAGGUGGAUGCACGUGCUAAAUCCGGGCAUCGGAUUUGCGAAGACGCACUCACAAAGCCUGCUCCUUAUGCGUGAGCUAGAUGUCAUCGCCAAGCACGUGGGGAGCCCGUUGUUAGUGGGACCCAGCCGCAAGCGCUUUAUAGGAGAGUUGACGUCCGAAUCAGACCCGAUCCAGCGAGAUUGGGGUACGGUUGGGGCUUGCUGCUCGGCGGCCGAACGCGGGGCGAAACUAGUGCGGGUGCACAACGUUAAGGGUGCGGUUCUGGCUCUUGCCGUCUCGGAUGCGAUACGAAACGAGGGAUGA